AUGGCUCCUGCAGCAAUUACACCAGAGGCCUCUGGCACCAACACACCCAUCACCGCCUCCGCCUCCAAACUCACAGAAGCCGGCAUCAAACAUGCCUUCACCACCGAGCACGCCGCCCUCGACACGUCGAAGAUGACCUACACAUACACCAAGAACCCUCGCACCGUACCCGCACCCGACAGCGACGAGACCAAAGCCCAGAAGACAUGCACCGACCACAUGGUGUCCGCCCGCUGGACGAUCGAGAACGGCUGGGAUGCCCCAGAACUCAAGCCCUACGGCCCUCUCGCCAUCAUGCCCUCCGCCAGCGUCCUACACUAUGCCACCGAAUGCUUCGAAGGCCUGAAACUCUACCGCGGCCACGAUGGCAAGCUGCGUCUGUUCAGGGUAGCGAGGAACUGCAACAGAAUGCUCAACUCCGCCCGGCGAAUCGCUCUGCCUGACUUUGAUCCGAAAGAGUUGGAGAAGAUGAUCAUCACACUCUGCGCGACGGACGGGGAUAAGUGGUUGCCUAAGGAGAGGGCGGGACACUUUCUAUACAUCCGCCCGACGUUCAUUGCGACGGACGAGGCGUUGGGCGUGCAGAGACCGAGGGAGGCGCUGCUUUAUGUGAUCAUUGCAUGUUUCCCGGAUAUGUCCAAGUCGAUCCCGCCUGCGCUCAAUGGCAGUGCCAAUGGCAACGGACACGCCGCGCCAGCGAAGCAGGGCCUCAAGUUGCUGGCGAGCAACGAGGAUACCAUUCGUGCGUGGCCGGGAGGUUUCGGAUAUGCGAAGCUCGGUGCAAAUUACGGACCUUCUCUCGUGGCGCAAGGCGAGGCACGGUCAAGAGGUUUCGAUCAGGUGCUUUGGCUGUUCGGACAAGAGUGCUACGUGACCGAAGCCGGCGCAUCGAACUUCUUCGUGGUGUGGAAGACGAAGGAGGGGAGCACGGAGCUUGUCACUGCACCAUUGGAGGAACGCAUCAUUCUCGAGGGCGUUACACGAGCUUCUGUUCUUGAUCUUGCGAAGGAUCGCUUGAGCAUGGAUAUCGGGGAUGUGGAGGCUGUGGAAGUGGUGGAGAAGAGAUUCACGAUGCAUGAUCUUAUCGAGGCGCAAGCUGAGGGAAGGUUGAUUGAGGCCUUCGCCGCGGGAACUGCGUUCUUCAUUGCGCCGAUUGGUCUCAUUCAUCACAGAGGGAAGGAUCUGGAUGUGCCGACUGCAGAGGGUGAGAGCGGGAAGUAUGCUAAGCUGAUCAAGAGUUGGUUGGUGAACAUUAUGUAUGGCAAGGAGCAGCAUGAGUGGGGCGUCAUCGUGAAGGAGUGA